AUGUCACAGCUUAUUCUCAAACAAUCUGUCUUCAAAAAUCUCCUCAGACACACAAACAACGUUCGGCUGUUGUCAUCUACACCGACCUAUCCGUUUAAGCUGAUUGAGCAUCUUCUCACCGUCCGAUUCUCUAUAUACGAUGAUGAUGAUCGUGUGACAUGUUGGUCUACAUAUAAUAUGCCAAAUAGCUGCAAGCAAAAGAGAAUCAUGAUCAAUGACAAGAAACUCAGGGAGGAGUUUACUGAUGCGAUGACUUGUGGAUUCACACAUAAUGGAUCAUUGAGAUUCCAUGAAACCACCGGUAAUGAUAAUACCGUACGUAUCGUCAUCGAACACGAGAAGAACUUGGAAGCGGAAUCAACAUAUCGUAUGAGAAAGUAUCUACCUCCUUUACCUAGUGGUUCCAAAAUCCUGAACCUUGCCAUGUCCUCUUUACCCGAGCGAGAUGAAGAUUGGGCCGUGUGUGUCAAGUUCCAGGGAUCUCGGUUAAGUCUCUAUAGGCAUAGGCCUUCUGGAAAAUCUGAAUGGAUCAACAUCAAACCAAUGCAUGAGUCUAUAAGCCCUUUCUCGAGUAUUAUGUUCUCCAAGAAAGAUCAAAAGUUCUACGUUCCAUCACCUGGAGGCAAAAACUUGUUCGCUUUGGAUCCCCACUUCAAGGAAGAAGAAGUCAAGCCCAAAUUCUUUUACCUCCAGUUCGAAAAACUUGCAAAGCUGGUGGUUGGCGAGUUGGAUGAUUUGAGUUCGUGUUCCAGGACAGACCACCUUGUGGAAUCACCAACCGGCGAGCUUUUCCUCGUCAAGUGGUACGGUGAUGACGUGGAUUAUGAAAACAGCAACCUCGGGGUGACAUCACUAAUACACAAAACCCAACAGUUCAUGGUGUUUAGAGAGUUUAGAGAGGAAGAAACAAAGAAUCUAUAUUAUAUAAAAGUUGAGGCUAUAAGCCUCUGA